CCCGCGUUUCUGGGAAGGCGGUGACGGGGUGACCUGAGUGUGCCCGGGUCGCCGGCCGGCCGGCCUGCCUGACGCACUGGGGUUCGCGGCCGGUGACUUGAGCCCCUGGACUCGGGGUUCCCGUUCCGUGUGUGGUUCCUGCGCUCACCACAGGGCUCCCCCAGGCGGCCCGGGUGACCCGAGGGGCCCCGGUGAGCUCUGACCUCGCAGCCUUGGAGCCCCGUCCUGCCCACCAGAACAUCGGGUCAGAAAUUGAAAUCUCCACCGUCGAGAAGCAGCGGAAGGAGCUGCAGCUGCUCAUAGGAGAGCUGAAAGACCGGGACAGAGAGCUCAAUGACAUGGUCGCCGUGCAUCAGAGGCAGCUUCUGUCCUGGGAAGAGGACCGGCAGAAAGUGCUGACCCUGGAGGAGCGUUGCAGCAAGUUAGAAGGCGAGCUGCAGAAGAGAACCGAGAUAAUCCGGUCCCUCAGCAAGAAGGUGAAAGCGCUCGAGAGCAGCCAGGCCGAGUGCCAGGCGGCGCUGCAGAGGACGCAGCUGCAGCUCCAGGAGAUGGCGCAGAAGGCCACGCACUCGUCGCUGCUCUCCGAGGACCUGGAGGCUAGAAAUGAAAACCUCAGCAACACGUUGGUGGAACUCUCUGCUCAGGUGGGGCAGCUACAGGCGCGAGAGCAGUCCCUCACCACCAUGAUCAAGCUGAAGGACAAAGAUAUCAUUGAGGCAGUCAAUCACAUUGCCGACUGUUCGGGUAAAUUCAAGUUGUUAGAGCACGCUUUGCGCGAUGCCAAGAUGGUGGAGACUUGCAUUGUGAAGGAAAAGCAAGACUACAAGCAGAAGCUAAAGGCGCUUAAGAUUGAAGUCAGCAAGCUGAAAGACGACCUCAAUGAGAAGACCACGGAAAAUAACGAGCAGCGAGAGGAGAUCAUUCGCCUCAAGCAGGAGAGGAGCGGCCUGCACGACGAGCUGGUGUUUACUGUGGAGAGAGAGAAGAGGAAAGAUGAGCUACUGGACAUCGCGAAGUCAAAACAGGAGCGCACCAGUGCCGAGCUGCACAACCUGAGACAGAUUUAUGUGAAACAACAGAGUGAUCUGCAGUUUCUGAAUUUCAAUGUGGAGAAUUCUCAGGAAUUAGUGCAGAUAUACGACUCCAAGACGGAGGAACCGAAGGCUCUGGAGUGCAGCAGAGACAUGUGUUUAUCAGACCUUGAGAUUCACCACUCAAAAGUCGACAUGAAAAGGGAGAAACAUCAGAAGUCACUGGUUAGGGACCAAAAACUGGAGGCGGCGUUGGCUCAGCACAGUAGGCUGGACAGGGGCUCCUGUGACGCCUGCAAGGAGGGCCGGCUGCAGGCGGGCGCUGCGUUCGGGGAGAAGGGUGCGGUCGCACUCUCGUCUCUGCUCACCAAGGACUCGACAGAGAGGCAGAAGCCGUGGUCUCUGGGAGGGAAACUCCAAACUGAGCCUGAAAGCAAAGUGACCUUGUGCAAGGCCCACGCAAAGUCACCAAAGGGCGACGGAAAUGGGCUUCAGAACGAAGAGACACCCGCGGCCGGCGACAAGCAGUGGCACGCCAUGAACGUCUACCUGGGCCUGGCCGGCUGCUCUGGCUCCAGACCGCCGGGGAAGCUGGAUGUGGAGUGUCAGGAUCCCACGGAAAGGGCCGAGAUCUCUUGUGGCCAGGACAGCGAGGCCUGUCUGGGUGACGCUGACGUGUGUGAGUCCGCGUGCUGCCACCCCAGCAACCUUGUGGUGGAGGCGCUGGGCCCUGUGUCUGACGUCGCGUGGAUGAACAUCUUCAAGCCUUCCAAGACGCAGAGGAUCGUCCGCCACAAAUCCGCGUGCACCUGCUCAGGAAGCGUCAGUGGCAUGAAACAUAGCUCCUCCGUGAGGGAGCUGAUCGCCACCCAGCACACCCACUGUUUGGGUUCUUCGAAGCCUGCCUCGCGGGAGGAUGAGGCCGAGGCCUCGUGUGAUAAAAAGAGCCCGUGCAAGCCUUCGUCUGCGCCCAGGGACAGGGACGCGGUGCUGCCCGCCGAGCAGGACGCCUUCUCGCCCACGAGCAAGCUUCAGCGUUUGCUGGCCGAGUCCCGUCAGAUGGUGACCAACCUGGAGCUGAGCACCCUGCUGCCCAUCAGCUGCGAGACUCUCAGCCAAGGCAACUUGGACGUCUCGGAAGGGUCGGCUCAGAAACACACCUUCGUGAGUCACUGAAGACAGCGGAGUCACCUUGUGCCUGCGCUGUGCCAGUCGGAGUCGGGUCUGGCGGCCGUGUGGAAGGCAGGGGAGGAGCAGUCAGCAAGGCCCCCGGCCGAGUUGCUUCUCUGAACAUCCGUGUCCUGUUUCCGGGUGCAGCGCUGCAGGGGCCACUGAGCGCCAGCUCGGGGUCGCGCUCGGCGGGAACACCUUCCGCGUGCCCGAGGGCCCUGCCGCCCUGCCCUCUCCAUCCCUGCCCAGGGUUUGGAGCCGGGGUCGGCGGCUCCCUCGCUCUUACCCAGGCGCAAGCUUACUGGGAGAUCAGAGUUCACAUGAAUAUUUUUGUAUCAUUAAGACUUAGGACACUUGCAUUUUAAACUUGUAAAAUAAUUUUAAUUUUGUAAAAGACUAUACCGUGAGCCUGUGUGUCCCUUCUGAGAGAACUGAGUAGCUUCAGUCAAUAAAAAGUAUUUUACUAAUAAAA